UGCACCUUCUCAGUCCCAUGUCCAUUUCGCUUCUCUGAUCAAUCAAAUUCCAUUUAAAGGUAGCGGAAUUGAUCGGCGAUGAGGUAGGGUUUUGAGUUUUGACGAUUAUGGCUUUUUCCGACGAGGAUUACGAGCCAAAGUCUACUCCAAAGCUCUCUCUGACUAAGUUUCCGAUUAGCAAGCCUAGAGUACCGCUAGCCGCACUCACGCCGCCGCUCCACGCGCCGGUCUCUAUACCGUUUUUAUGGGAGGAAGCCCCGGGAAAGCCGAGAACCUCCGCCGAAGCAUCGCCGCCGCCGCUGCGGAACUCGAAGACGGUGUGCCGGAGCCUCGACUUGCCUCCUAGGUUGCUGAACAAUGAAUCGGGUAAAAUGACCACCACGCCCUCGCCUACCACUGUGCUGGACUGGCCGGACGUCGGCCGAUCGUCUCUCUCGUCGUUCUCGUCGUUCCGAAGCCUCGAGGAAGGCCUCGUCAGGCUCCGAAGGAGAGAGAGCAAAGAGCGAUCGUCAUCGCCUCCAUGGGAAAGCUCCAAGGAGAAUGCAAGGGUUUGCAAGGGCAGCUUUGACUUUUCCUACUCCGUAACGGACUCCAAUUCUUACGGUAAGAAGAAGUUCGCAAGGGUUAGAAGAAGAAGCAGCUUCCUCAAUUUCUCACGUAGCAGUUCCAGUCUUUUGGCAAGCAUUUGUGAAAGUUUUAAGCAGGCGGUUCCGCGGAGGUGGAGACAAGAACAUAUGAGACGAGUCGGCUGAAAUCUGAAUCUUUGUGGUGGUCUGAUCAAUCUGAGCGAAUUGAAAAUUUCGUGUUUUUUCCACUUUAAUUGGUUCAUAGACUCUACUAUGAAUCAACCUCUAGUUUCGUUUAUAUAUACUUGCCACACUUCAAAAUGGACUCAGCAUCUUGUUAAUAGUAUAUGUUAUUGGGAGAGUUGAUAUUGGCAUUGAUAGUAUUGAUUAUUAGUAUCCUUGACUAUAUCGGUAUUGCAGAAAAGUUAGUAUAUUUACGUUUUUGUUUA